CAUUUGUGAGCGGUUGCUAGCGCGUCGCUAACGCAAUUGCUGGCAGUUUGUUUUGAUUUCUGGACCCCUUUGGACGUGUGUGUCCAUUCCGAUGAAUGUCUAGCUGGUGCUGGUGGCUGGUGGACGACGGAGAGCGCGCGCGACGGGUACAAACGAAAACGUGUGUUGUUGUGUCUAGUGUGUGGCGGUAGUGAACGUGCUGGCGACGAAUGAAGAAAGAGCGUGUGCAACAAGUCACCAAAAAUGCUAUAAAAUUAAAGCAACAAGUAAUACCAAUUUUAAUUACUGAAACAAAAAUUAAAGAAUUCUAAAAAAAUUACAAAAAUAUACGUGACAACGUGACGUCACCGGCACGCUAGUCGUAGCAAAAGCUGGCGAUUAGCAAAAUAAAAAUUUUUUUGUGCACUAAACAUUCAACAAUUGGCAAGUCGUUAAUUACUACCACAUCACCUUUGUGUGGAAUUAUUAAAAUUUGUGUAGUGUAGCGUGAAUUGCAUUGAAACAAAUUACCGUUGCUAAUUAAUAACACAAUGUUUAACGCGUCUAACUUAAAAUCGCAACUUUUGUCUGUGCUGUUGUUGCUGCUGUUGCCGUUCUUUAUGAGCGUACGUCCGCUAGCGGCAGCGACACCCACUUACCCCUGCCCCUACGCGCAAACGGUCAACAUAAGCGACGGUUUGCGUCUCAAAGAUGGCUCUUAUUCAUAUGCUGGUCUCCUCAUACCGGCAAAUAUGACAGCACAGUACAACUUUAAGGUAGUCGAUGGUAUUCUCUCCCAUGCGCCAUCCCAUACGCGCGGCUGCGCUUGUCUCCAACGGCCUUGUAUUACCUUCUGCUGCCCGCCGGGUCAAUUGUUCGACGAAUACAAGCACACCUGCCUGCCACAUGCGUCAACGCUGAACGCUCAACAGCAAAGCGCACAGUACACGCAUAUCGAAGUGUCUGAUGUGAAUAGCAGCGUUAAGGUGGUCAAUAUAAGUGAUAUGUUCGUGAUGCGCUUCGAGACGGGUUGCAGUCGCAAGUAUAUAGAUAAAAGCGAUGCGCUCUUCUGGAAGUGGGAUCUCUAUGCGAAUGGCUCUCUCUCCAGUUUGGGUCGUAUUUGGGAGACAGAUCAGUAUUGCCUAACGCCGUUGGAGCACAAGAAAGUCUGGAGCUUGGUACCGCUCACUUGCGAGCGUUCGGCACAUGGAUUCCGUCUCUGGAUUUAUGUUAUAUGCUUAUUCGUCGCUAUACUAAUUUACGCCUUUAUACUGCUCACGCUGGUCUCGAUUAAAGCGGUGCGAAAUGGAGGUUAUGGUGAAUCGCUCAUCUUCCACCUGGCUUCUACAAUUAUUGGUUUAUCGGCGCUGACAUAUCUGGCAUUUCGUUCACGCUUGGAGCUCUCAGAAACCGCUUGUCGUAAUAUUGGUUUUAUUGCUUAUGUCUUCCUUAUAUUUUCCUUUUUUCUGCUGACCAUCAUAAGCUGGAAUUUCUGGUACAACUUUAAGACGAGACGUUUAAGUAGCUGGAAGCGCAAGCUAAUUUACAUGUUUGCCUUCGGUUUGGCGGUGGGUCUGAGAUUCCUGCUGAAAUUCAUACAAGACUCCGAUAUUUAUCAGCCGCUGAAACCCGGUAUUGGCGAUGCUUUUUGUUGGUUUGAUGUUCGCUUGUGGGGCAUUCUCUUGUACUUCUACAUACCGAUAUUGAUUUGUUUGGCGCUAGGCAUGUUGCUUUAUCUAAAGACCUAUUUAAUCAUUUGGAAUUUGCCCGAAGAUGUGAUAAAUGUGGCCGGUUAUGAUAUUAAGCUGAUAAAAUCGCAUUUCUUUGCAUUCUUUGGUUAUCUUCUGGGCGUCACAUGCGUAUGGCUACGCGAACUCUUUGUCUAUCUGACAUUCCGUUGGCGCGGACAAUAUUAUAUAAUUGACUUCAUAACGGGAGUUUGCAUAUUCGGCUUGUCCGUGGCGGGACUUAUCUUUCUCUUAUACAAAAAUCCUUUGGUGCGCGCCUGGUGGCAUGUCAAUGUGACAUUUUACUUGCCUUACAGAGUGGAAGAGAGAACGGAAAACGGCGUCUACUUAACGCAAAUUUAUCACACACAGAGGACUGAUAAACUCAAAGAGGGCUACAAACAUGAAAUCAAGGACGAAGAUCUGGCCCUAAAAUAAGUGAAGUCAAUAUAUAUUAGCAAUGAAAACCGUUCGACUGAAGUGAGCUUAGCUACUUGUGAAAUUAAUUUGAAUCCAUGACAUACUUAAAUCUCAAAUAUUUUUUUAAUUAAAAAGGUGGUAAAUAAAUAUGUUUAUAUAAAAAAAAUAUGUGCAUAAAAUAUUUUGAUCACAUUUUAAUGUACCUUAGAAUACCCAAUACAUAUCAUAUCAUACAAAUAUUGGAGGGACUUUUAACUUAAUAUGUACAUAUAUAUGUUCAUAGAUCCUUAAAAAUAUAUCAAUCAUAUUUUCUUUAAACUUAAUAUAAAAUUCC